CAGCUCAUAACUGCUAUCCAAGUACUACGAAAACCAAGGUUUGCAUACAGACUAUAUAAAUAGAAGUCAACUGGAACUGCUUCAGUUCCGAAUUUUCAUCCGUGGAAAUGAUUACCAAGUUUGCAGUUCUUGCACUCCUGGUGCUCUACUCUUUCGUCCCCAGCACUAGCGGGCAAUGCGUGGCCAACAGUGUCCUGAAUCUAAGGAUCGGUGCUAACGCCGUAUUGUCGUGGGAAAUCGACCCGAACGACCCGUGCGAGAUAGACGAGUUCCAAGUAGACGUCACUGGUGACAGAGAUGACGAAUAUCACUUCAAAGUGAGGGAAACCGAAGUGGACCUCUCUUUCUUGGAGAUCUGCGAAGAAUGGGUGUUCGUCGUGACUCCCGUUUCAGACGGAACUUUGGGAUUCGAGCGUCGUCUCACUGAAAACAUUCCCCUUCCACCAAGUGCUGACAUCUCCCUCAGAUACUUGAACCUGACGGAGAUAGAGCCUAGAGAUGUUCUUUUGGAAUGGGACCUGACGAAUCACACUCACGGUGACUGUACUCUGAGAUACAGGGUCACUCUCGAAGACCUAGACGACGGUAGCAUUCAAGAUUUGUACGUUAGGGGGCAAUCGGUACAUCUUCACCUGCUCUCGCCUUGCGUACCUUACCACAUAACCGUUAGGGCGGUUAAUAGGGCUCAUCCUACCAUCGAGGGUCCCAUGAGAUUCCAUGACCACGAGAUUGAACCAAUACCUGAAGAUCCUCCCACGCUUAGGACCAUAGAGAUAGGCGCCACAGAGGUCAGCAUGACCUGGCGGUUGGAAAACCCCGGUAGGAACCGUUGUCCGAUCAGGACGCUGUACGUCGACGCCGGCAGCAACUUUAAUAUUUCCUUGCCGCUCGUGGACACUCCCGAAAGGCCGCCAGUGGAGGUGAACCUGAGGGGGCUCUAUCCCAACAGCAUGUACUUCUUGAAAGUUAGUGUCGAGAACUCUGGAGGUUUAUCCCGACCGGGUCUAAUAGGUGUGCAGACCUUGGAUUUAUCGCCAGGAAGCGAGUAGAUUUCCUCAUCUCCAGAUGAUUAUUUAUUUCAAAUUGUAACAAACCAAUAGUUUAUUUUAUUGCUCUAUUUGGAAGUUCUUGUAAUUUACAAUGUAAACACGAUCUCUAACUCCCAAAAAAUAAAACUGAUCGAUAAGUAAGUAUUAAAAUGGUUCUGAUGAUUCGAAACAUCAUUAAAAAUAUUUAGUCGCAAA